AUGAAUUACUCGUCUAGAGAAACUUCUGUUGAAUUAAGUGAAUCAUCAUCAAGUGUCGAUCAAAGAAGUAAAAUUGUUGUUGAUAAUAAUGGUGAUUCAGAUAUGGACAUAGAUGAAGCAUUAGUUGAAGCAAUUUCUGAUGUAAAUGAUGACAAUGAAGAUCAAGAAAUUGAUGAAAAUUUAAAUUUGUUACCUAAGAAAAAUAAAUACAGAGUUUAUCCAAAACAUAACGAUUUUACCAAAUUGAUGCAAAAUUUCCAGUAUUUAAAAUUUGCAAGAGAAUGGGUAAAUGAUGAGGUUGAAAGUAUGAAUUCAAAAUUUAUUAAAGAUGCUCCAGCAAUAAAUGUUAGAGAUGGUGAGAGUAUUUUAAAAUGGAAGGGGAUUAUUGAGAAGAUAUUUAAUCAUUAUAAAGGUUUGAAAAAAGCAAUCACAACUCCUAAUGAAUUUGAUCCAGAAGUUGAUAAAGUGAAAAUGAUUUAUUUUGGAGAAGCUUCUGAGAUUGUAUAUUUAAUUCAAAAAUUUGAUGAAAAAUUAUGUGCUGACUUACAAGACGGUAAGUUAUUGCAAUUGAAAGAUAAAAUUCCUGAGGUAGAUGAUUUAACUUUGAAAAUUAUCUGGGAUUAUUUGAAGUCAUAUGUUGAUCCAAAUUUAUCAAAUGAAAUAAAUGAUCGAUUUGCUCAAGCAGCAACAAUCAGAUUAACUACAACUGAUUAUAAGAUUUAUCCAGAAAGAAGAAGAAAAUUUGAAGAACUUGGAAAGACUGAUGAAUUAAUUGAAUUCAUAUUGAAAUUAAAUAAAGGUCAGAUUGGGGGUCAUUAUACUGAUUCAUUUUAUAUUGCUGUACAUAAUAAUUUUAAUAAAUUGUUCUGUCAAAAAUUAGUUCCAAUUUAUAAAAAAUGGGAAAAUGAUAAGACAAUUAAACUUCCUGAUGUUGAUGAUUUUUUCACACUGGUUCAAAAUGAUGUUCGUUUUAUUCCAAAGAGAUUGGAACCUGUUGAAAGUAUUAAUUAUGUUAAAACAACAGCAUCAGAUUAUAGAAAUAAAACUAUGGGAACAAAUUAUAAUAAUAAUAAUAGAGUUUUUAAACCGGAUGUGAAUAAGAGGUUUUAUAAAACCAGUGGAAAUAGAAAUUAUUUGAAUACAUCUCAAGAGAAUGAUGAAAUUGAUAUCAAAGAAGAACAUGAAGAGAAUAAGAUUAAGAAAGAGAAUCAAAAUGAAAACUUAAAUGAGAAAUUGAAAGAAUUAACUAAAAUGGUUUUGUCAUUAUCAAAAGUGAUUGAAGACAAAACAUAA